UCGACCCAGACGGUUCAAGUGAACACUUUACUAUAGAGCAAACGCUAACACAGCCGUUUAGGACUCGUCGUGAACGCCAUUCAUACGUAUGAGAUUUUCAUGUUAAUUGUUUAGAUUCGUAGUACUCAAGGUAUCUGAAAUGCAGCUUAGAGAUGUCAUGAUCUUAUUAGCGGUGGUCCUGCUUGCAUCUUUUUUAAGUGACAAGUUAGUAUUCACUGAGAAACUGGAUGCAGCGUUUCUAAGUGGAGCAUUUCUGCGUCACUUAGAGAAAACGUCCUUGCCCGACUCAACAGAUGAUUUUGACACCGACGAUAGUCGAAAUCCUCCCGCUGCUGAUAAUGCGGCUACAGAGUCCCUUGUCACAUUGUUGAAUAGGCUUGCGGCUCACAACAAGGUCCAGCUGCCCCAGCCGAAAGCGCAACAGAAACAGUCUUCAGAAUUCCGAGCUGAUAUCAGAAAGGACAGGCACAAGCAGACAAAUGUGGCGCGGACGUAUCAGGAACAAGUAGACCAGACAAGGAGCUUCGAGGGCAGCGGAAGCGAUAGCAACGCUGAGCUAGAUCAGCCCGGUGAUUUGGGAACAGAGGGCAGUGGAUUCGACUACAAUCCUCACUAGAAUCAUUCACUUUAAGAUCACACAAGAAAAUUUUUAAUUAUUACUCUAUUAUAUAUCAUCUUCAUUCAUUAUACACAUCUGUUGAACUCGUCAUAAAAAAUAAACUCACACGUCAU